GUUCAUCUGGGUGAUUGACACUGAUCCAAGGACUUUUCCAACCUAGAACCUCCUCUUACCUGUGACAGGACUUCCCAGUCCACCUUCUGCCAUGAGAAUCCUUUCCUUUCUCUUUGCUCUCCUCCUGGUGAUACUUCACGGAGCUGCAGGAGUGUCCCUUGCUCGAGGAUCGCCCGAGGACUGCGAGCGCCGUGGGGGCUUCUGCUCUCGCAGGUCGUGCCCCCCGGGGAUCACCCGCAUUGGGAUUUGCUCUAAGCACGACUUCUGCUGCCGGAGCCGAUGGUAUUCCUGAUGGGCUCCUGACUCCCCGACGCUGAUGUCUGAGCAUCCCUCUGAGACCAGCCCUGCACCUCGCAGCGCCGUCAGGGUGAAGCUGCGCGGAGGGAACCAGCACCGCCGGGAGCAACGCCAGCCCUGGGCACCCAGACCGUGGUCCCACGGGAAUCCCUUAGCCCAGAGUCCCAAAUAUAAGUUGUGGU